AUGGAAGGAGAAACAGAAGAAAUGGGCGUGGAAAAGCCCAUCUCAUUAUAUCAGAGCUUUCCUAAUUUCGACGAGAACUCUCUUGCUUGCCUUACAACAUGGCCCAAAUUAUCUGAACAAGCAGGUACUUUUUAUAAUGACUUAUUAGCUCCUGCAUCAACAGAUCCAUUAGUUCCUUCACCAUUGAACAAAGAUCCUGCUAUGCAGCUUGCUUCAGAAUUGCGUUCCCUUUUGGCUCAUAUUAUCAUUUUGAAGUCAUCGGGUUCAUUAGAGGCAUCGGGUUUUGAAAACCAAUCAAUAUUCAGAUUGAUUUACAAAUACAACGAACUUUGCCAGUCUUUCGCUGCCAUUAUCAUUCAAAGAUGGUGGCGCUCAAGACAAGCAAAGGGCAAAGCCCAACUUCGCGCCAAAAUCGAUCUUUUCAAGCUUGUUGUUGCUUCCCCAUCAAAUGCUUCAACUCUUGAAGAGAAAGAUAUCCGCCGUUCGAUGAUUGCAAGUAUUCUUGAAUCUGUACAGUAA